GGAGCAAAGUAAUGGUUAUGCCGACAUUGCAGACUGUUUAUCUCAGAAAGCCACGUGUUCUUCACGGGUUCCCUCCACUCCAGACCUCCUCCUCCGCCCACCUGUCCUCCGUCCCCUUCAGACGACCUCCCACAAAACUCGGUCUCCUCUAUAUAAUCCCCACCUUAAUUUCCUCCCAGACAUAAACACAAACACACUCAUUUGCCUCUCUUUCUUUCCUUUCUGCGCUUCUCUGGUUUGACAUAUGGAUUCCCAAAACCUCAAACAGCGUAGGGUUGCAGACGACCCUAACACCACCAUGAACAAGAACAACUACGCAGGCAAACCUGAAAUGAGAAUGAAAAUGGCCAAACGCGGCCUAAGAUCACUAGCCAUCGCCGUUUCGCUCCCGGUGGCUCUCCACCUCAUCACUAUCUACUUGGCGUCGACGGACAGCUACCGCACGGCGUCCAAGCCCUUCUGGUUCCCGCCCAUGUGGGGCUUGCGUCUGACUUGCUUGGCUUCGAGCUUCUUGAUGGGUCUCUCUGCUUGGCUUGUGUGGGCGGAAGGUGGGUUUCACAAGAACCCUAUGGCCUUGCCUCUGUAUUUAUCUCAGCUGGUGUUGAGUUUGGCGUGGGAUCCGAUUGUGUUCGGGGCGGGAGCUCCGUGGGUCGGGUUGGUUGUGUGCAUGGGGAUGUUUGGGGCUCUGGUUGGGUGUUCCAAGGUGUUUCAGGAUGUGAAUGCGACUGCUGGUUAUCUCAUGAAGCCAUGUUUGGCUUGGGUUGCUUUCUUGGCCGUUGUAAAUCUUAAGCUUGUGUAUCUCUGAAAUUUUCGUGUGUAAUGUCGAAGCUAGCAUUUUGUAAUGUUACAGUGUUUCAUAAGCAUCUACAUGUAAUCUACUUUUGCAGACUGCAUGUGUAUGAACCAGUCUAUACAAUUACAUGCUUGAUCUUUGUUUCAUUCACUAACUGGCAAAAGCAUUCUCUUUCAGCCUUUUGGCUCUUGAAAUUUUCACUGAUUACUUCCGCAGAGGCAAGUAGCCAGACUAUAUGUCAAUUUCUGCAGCUUGAUAUUAAAA